AUGUUAUGCGACGGCUUAUGGCGCUGCCUCUGUCCUUCCUACACUCCCCGCGCCCUCCUCCGAGCUGUCCAGACACCACUCCCCAUCGCCGCACGAAGAGCUGCCAGACAGUGGCCGCACGGGAGGCAGUUCGGCGUAGAGACGCCGAGGGCGCCGACACGUAACGAUGGCGGUGACAGCCAAGAAAUUGCUUCCGCCGCUACCACCUCCAGGAUGGACGAGGUCCUGCUUCGACCGACGCCACCGACUGAAGAGACACUAUCGGACACGCCGACCGAGGAGAUAGCCGCAGCACUGAGAAGGAUGCGCGCGGUCCAAGGGUUCUCGGUGCACGGGCAGAGGCUAGACCGUUACCAGCGCAUUCUGCAGCUAGUAGAGCACUUGGUCGGCAAGCGCGGGUGGCCGCCUUCGGACGCCUUCGUGUACGAGUGCAUGAUGGACGCCAUGGCGGAUCCGCGCGGCUCGGCCAGCGGCGUGCGCGCUCUUCUGCGCAGCACAUGGUCGGAUGCCGGACCGAGCGAGAUGGCGUGCCGCAGCGCCCUGACCGCGCUGUCGGUGCAUCCGGACUACGCCCUCCGUCAGCAGGUCCUGUCCGCGAUGCGCACGUACUGGAUGGCCGAGGACGACAGGGAUGUGGCGCAGAGCGUGCUGGCCGCCAUGCUGCGCGAGGGCCAGGUCGAGAUGGCGUACGACCGGCUGAUGAGGUUGGUGGACGACGGCGAGCGCGUGGACCUCUGGCUGUACGACGUGUUCGUCGUGGUGCUCGCGCGCGAGGGCCACCUGGAUGAGAUGCUCAGCGUGCUUCUGCGGCGCAAGCAGGCGAAGGGUGCAGAUCACGCCAUGCUUAGCCUCACGGGCCACGCGCUCGACGUGUGCGCCGCGGCGUCGCACCUCGACGGCGUAGUCUGGGCGUGGACGGCUGCCGUACGCAACGACCGCAUCCAGCCGUCCGACGGGGUGCUGGAGAAUGUCCUCGCCACGGCCGCCCGGCACGGCAACGUCGGCAUCGCAACAGAGGCGCAUGCCAUGCUCUCGCGUCGCGGGAGAGUGCAGAUCCACCACUACGAGGCCCUCGUCGAUGCGUUUGCCCGCGAUGCGGAUGCCCCCGGGGCGCUGCGCGUCCUGAACAUCAUGCAACGGAGCGGGUUCCGCGUCGAGCGCGAGCAUACACGGUCCGUGUACGCGCUCCUGCGCAGCAGCGACAACGACGUCCUCGACGCGGCUGAGGCCGCCCUGCGCGAGAUGGCCGACGAGUCGCAGGAUGGCCGGGUGCCCCCCGGUAUCGUCUCCGUCGUCGUCGAGGCCAGGUCCAAGAACCACCGCGGUGGCAGCGACGCUGCCCACGCCCUCUACGCGGAUUUCCGGCACCUCACGGGCGAGGACCCCGCCGCCUCUACAAUACAGGAUAUGAUCCUGCACAGCAACGUGUUUGACCGCACGCGCGGCUACCUGGACGACUACAAACGCCUCGUUCCCGGCGAUGAGCCCCCGCCGCAGAGACUGCCCAUGGCGGCGAACAAGCUCGCUCUGGAAACUAUUUGA